CAAACUGUCAAAAUUUUCCAAUUUUCGUGCUCACACCAUCGAAUUGCGGUCAUCGUCAUAGGAACUCCGGACAAAAUGGACAAGGAAACAGCAGUACUGCAGCGCAAGUUAGAAUCUGAGCUGAAGAACUACAAAGAUGCCCAAAAAGAAUUUAAUAAGCUAGUUCAACAACAGCAACUCCUGGAUGGCCAGUAUAAUGAGAACAAGAACGUUUUGGAGGAACUGCAACUACUGAAGCCCACUAACACGGUGUACAAACUGUACGGUCCGGUGUUGGUGAAACAAGAGCUAGAGGAAAGCAAGCAAAAUGUAGCCAAGCGUAUCGAGUAUAUCAACAAGGAGCUGAAGAAGUGCACGGAAAAUAUCUCCAACCUUGAACAGAAGCAGGACAAGUACCGAGCGAAUCUGCAAAAGUUGCAGCGCCAGUACCAAAGUCAGAUUGCUCUGACGAAGCCUUAAGUACAAACUUGGUACAUUCAACCUGGAUGAUGAUGGUGGUUCGCAUUUCUCAUGUGUUGAAAUAUCCGCUAUUGUGCGCUUCUAAUCUUACAUACAUGCCUAAAAGUAAGAAUUACAUUAAUUUAUAAUAUCGAUCUAUAAUGUUACAAGGUAAACUUGAAGGUAAUACAUGAAUAAUGUCGUUUCCGUAACAAUUUAUAA